GUCGCGGCCGCCAAAUCCUCCUUCAGCUCUACUGAGCCUCGAGCCGCUGCUCCCCCGCCGUGCCCCGCCGGGCUGCGGCUGCCCGGUUGUAGCGGGAGGAUCCUCGGGGAGGCCGCGCCGGGGAGGACAAGAUGGAGGUAAAAGAUGCAAAUGCUGCAUUGCUGAGUAACUUUGAGGUGUACCAGUUACUUACUGAUCUCAAGCAGCAGCGUAAAGAGAGUGGCAAAACCAAGCAGAGCUCUGGGCAGCAGAAUCUGAACACAAUCAUGUAUGAGACACUGAAGUACAUUUCAAAAACACCCUGCAGGUACCAGAGUCCUGAGACUGUCAGGGAGUUCCUGGUAGCAAUGAAAGACCAUAAAUUAACCAAGGCAGAAAAGCUGCAGCUGCUGAACCACAGGCCUGUGAGUGCAGUGGAGAUCCAGCUGAUGGUGGAAGAAAGUGAGGAGAGGCUGACAGAGGAGCAGAUCGAGUCCCUCCUGCAGACAGUCACCAGCAUCCUGCCAGGGGAUCCAGAGGAGCAGCAGAGGGACUCAGCAAUGGCAACAGAAGACAGAGGUGACCAGGCAUAGGAGGCAGCACUUCCAGAAGAGAACCAGCUGCUGUUAGUCUGGGUUUGAUACCAGUUCAAUCCUGUAUUGGACAUAACUAUAAAAUAUAUUCAAAUUUUUAUGA